AUGUUUGAUAUUAUUUCAGCUUUUUCAACAGUUACUGCUCAAAGUACCGAUGAUAUUGUUUUAGAUGCAGGCUCAUUACUUAUCAUACAACAAAAUUGUAGCUUUGUCAAUGAUUGCUCACAAAAUGGUUACUGUAUCGGUUCUAAUUUAUGUGCAUGUAAUCCUGGUUUUUUGGGGGCAGACUGUUCACAGUUUUCUUGCGAAAAUUUAAAUAACUGCUCUACAAAUGGUUACUGUGUUUCGUUUAACGUCUGCAAAUGUUUUCCUGGAUGGGAUUCAGAAGACUGUUCUCUUCCAUCUUGCAAACAGCUUGCCAAUUGUAGUGGUCAUGGUCUAUGCGUCUCGUUUAAUGAGUGUCAGUGUGAAGACAUGUUCGAAGGAGAAGACUGCAGUAUUCCAAAAAAAAGCUGUGAAAUCACUGGCUGCAGCAAACACGGAAUUUGCAUAAAUCAUCAAUGUAUAUGCGAAGAUCACUGGACGGAUUCACAGUGCUCACAACCUUUGUGCACCGAGGUAAAUAACUGCUCAAGCGUUGGCAUCUGCGUUGGUCCUAAUUUAUGCCAGUGUUAUACUGGUUUGUCUGGAGAGGAUUGCUCGAUAUGCGAUUCGCCAAUAUGUAGCCAAUGUCAUCUUAGAUGUAUCCAUGGAGAAUGCGAUAAAAUGAAGAAUGAAUGUUUAUGUUGGAAAGGAUGGACUGGUUAUGCAUGUGAUGUGUGUUACGGAGUAGAUUGUGAAGUUUUUGCGAUGGCUUUCUUUGUAUUACCGUCAGCAAUUGGAUUACAUCAAACUGGAGAAGUAGUUUCGGUUUAUGGCAACGAUUUUCCAAAAUCUGAAAAUGGGCGCUACACAUGUUUAUAUGGAAGUGUGGGUUCGGAAGGUAGAUACGUUUCAUCGUCGCUAAUAAGAUGCACUAUUCCAAGUCAAAUGGCUAGCGGCCGCUAUUCAUUCCAUGUGAUACCAUAUGGUGUUGAUUCUGUUAUACCAUUUGUUGACAAGAAACUGGUACAUGUCACUUUUUUUAACGAAUGUAACCAAUCUGAAUGUGAUGGUUCAUGUAUUGGAGCCCUCUGCGUAUGUCCAAUUGAUAAAGAUGGCGUUACGUGUAGUGACGCGAAGAUUCUUUCCAAUGGCAGUUGGGAUAUUACUGACAACGAAAGCUUAACAAAUGCGAUUGAAGGAGUUCCUUAUAGCGCACGUCUUCCAAUACAGGACGUAAGUGUGGUAUUUAAUACAAAAAGUGAUAUACCUGAACUUCUGGUGUCCCCUACUGGUCUGGUCACCUGGCAAAAACCCAUUGGUCGAGACAAACCCUACUCUGUCAGUGUAGUUGUCGAAGCUUCUGGUGGUGAUUUAUUAUUCAAUUGGAAUUUAACUGUUUCUCCGACCUAUGUACCAAAGCUGGUGAAAGCAGUGACGCUUGGACAAACCAACAAGAAACAACUUCAGGGCAUAGUAGCAUUCAAAAAUCAAAAGAAUUUUGGAAGGGUUCCUGUUCGUCUACUAAUUUACAAGCAGAAUCAGCUUUAUGAAGACAGAGUUGUACAAAGCAAUGAUGACGGUACUGUGGAAACGACUUUUUUCCCUCUCGAACAACCAUCGUUGUACGCCGCAGUAGCAUCUCAUCCAGGAGUGACCAUCCAAAGUCGGGAGUUUGACUGGAAAGAGGCAGUCGAGUGGAAAGAUCCAGAACUUCAAGUUACUUUUGAGAAAACAUUGCUUGUAUCCUCAAAUAUGUUAGCUCGAACAGUAUACGAAGUAAGAAGUGCGCUUGAGAAGCCAGUUGGUUGCAAAAUUGAAGUGCUUUUCCCAAGAGAUAAAUUGGAGUUGAAAACAGUGGAGAAGGAAUAUCCUGAAAAUAAAGGAGAUUCUUUAAUCUUAAAUGCAUCAUUCGCUAUUCACAAAACGCUUGAUCACUGUUUGGCACGUAUUCAGAUAUACUGCGCUAACACAGUAAAAAAAGUUAUCAGGCAAAACUUUAGAAAUGGUCUAGUUCACUCAACUUUUAUUCCCGACAUCACCGAACUAAAUAUUGAAUACAGUCCUCAAAUUUUACCAAAACUGUAUCCUGUUAGGUUUCUGAAUAAAGGUUACAAUUUUUAUUCGCCGAUAAAAAUAAAGAUUGACCCUGGAAAUACUCCACUAUUUAUUGCCUCGGUUAGUCCACCAUUAGAUAACUACAACAUGUAUAACAGCGAAGGAUCUGAACUGCUGGUAACUUUUGCUUAUGCAGCACCCGGAGCAGCCCUUGAGGAGUCCCUCCAAGGAAAUAUAUCGCUCUUGAUGGCCGAGACCCUGCUCGUUAACGUUCCUUAUAAGUGGACUGUCAUCAAAUGGAAUUUUUUUAAUCUGGUAGUUCGCCUUCAAGACGAGUACACUGCAAUGAAUUUGGCUAGCAGUGUUCAAGAUGCCGAACUAACACUUCGGAGUGCCGAAAACGAAUUUAGCGAAAGACGAAAAAUGAUUAGCGAUGGCAGUUUCGUCUUCCUUUCAAUAAUUGAAGAUAUAUAUGAGUUGAAGGUAUGGUCGCCAAUACAUCAAACAGUAACACUUAUCAUUCAGCCCACACCUACAAAUAACUCAAUCAAUGUAUUUUUACCACUAUUGUUUCCGUUGCAACCAGUAAUUGAGGACCGACAACUUAAUCUUCAGAUGUUUUACGACGAAAGCAAAGCAAGUCAACUAGUACCUGCACCGGCAUUACGGUUUACUCCAUCAACUAUAAUGCAAGAUUCGAGCCUAGAAACAUUGCUUAUGGAAAACAUUGGAGGUUCUAACGAUUCCUUUAUCUAUUUUGAUGGGUAUCAGUACACACUGAAUGGCAAAUUGUCAUUUAGCUUUUCAAUGAGCCCAUUAGAUUACGGGUUGGGUUGUGGAGAUGGAUACAGAAAAAGUUUUGCUCUGGAUGCUAAUGCAAGAUUUGUUAAUCACAGAUGCAAUGCAUUUGUUAUAAAAGUGCCUUAUUUUUAUAUAAUUCCUAACCUACAAUCAAAUUUUGUCAGAGAAUCGCCUCUACUAAUUGAUCUUCGUGACGCUGAAGAUAACCUUCGGUUUUGUGAAGUGGAUCAUACUAGCACUGUAAAACCGACUUCUUUUUGGCGAAAAAUUGUUGUCAGCUGUGACUGCGCUGAGGACGAACGACAAAAGUGUCGUCAGAAAUAUGUUUCUGCAAGCGUAUGUGGUGACAGUUGGAGGAUGAUUGAAGAAGAUACAGUUUCGUUUCAAACUUUGGCUGCAUUCAUCUUGUUGGGUGCUAACUGUAAUGCUAACGGUGUUCUCUUUAAGGCCGUUAAAGACUCUUUGGAAUGUGUGACCAGUUUGGAAACCAAAUGUCCACUGCUACAAAAAAAAAGUUUUGACGUAAAUCAGAAUACACUGGGUGCAACAAUUGAAGAAAAUAACCUUCAUAUAUUUUUUGAGCAAAUUUCAAAAGUCAAAAGUAAUUUCGAAAGUAUAACAAAACGAUUUUUCGAUAGCUUUGACGCUCUCGAAAGGCAGGCAGUAAAUAUGGCAUCAUUUUAUUUUGAUUUCUUCAACCAGUUUGAGAGUAUAUUUCCUAGUAGUAUUUUCAAAGAAGUGGAGUCUCGAUCAUGGUUUGAUCAGUUUUUUGCUGCUGUAUCUGAAUCUUCUGAAGCGGGAAUUGCGAUUUCUCCAACGGAAUUUGAAAAUUUGAUGGAGAACGGAAGUAGUUUUGAACUUGUUAGUUUAUGGAAUACAACGGUUUCACGAUGGUCCAUAUUUGAUAUUGAGCCUAAGAACGGCAUUUCAUUUAGCAGUGCUCGACGCUUAGUGGCAACCGCAGAUCGCCUAAAAUCAUUGACGAGACAAUAUGAAGCAUCUGAUCCUUUUUCAUUACUACAUAAAAAUAUGGCACUAUUACUUUCUCGUCCCGCUCGUGAAACGAAUGCAGAAGCUAAUCAAAUGGAGACACAGUGUGCUGUUGCUUACCUCGCCACAUCAUCACCAGAAGUCAAUGAAGAUAAAGAGUUCCUUGUAAAACUUAAAGAUUUUCCACUCACAAAUGUGCACGUUUUCUUGGAACUUGUUGAAGUACCAAAAAGUUUUAUGCCAAUCCAAUUUCGCAUUGGUCCACUAUUUGUUGACGGUAUCAAAUCACUGGACGGAUAUUCAUCGUUAAGUCCGAAGUCAACAUUUGAAGCACAAUGGGCAGCAAAAGUUGUCGAAAACAACAGACUAACUCGGUCUUGUAAAUAUCAAGCCGUCGUAGUAUUACAAUUUAUUGCAAAUGGUAAACAAACUGUACAAAGGCUUGAAGCCGAUCCCAUUAUACUUGUACCACAGUCAUCGCUAACACUGCGAUAUUUAUUAGUCCCAGAAGUUCCCUCAAAAAAACUUGGGCUGGACGAUGAUAAUGCAACUUUUAGUGCAAUGGUGGAUUUCAUAAACACUGGUUAUUCAAACUUGUGGGAUGUUAAAAUCGAGCGGUCUGAGGUACUGAUAACUAACACAAAUGACUCGGCAAGCAGGCCAUUUUCUAUUGACAGGAUUUGGAUUGGCGAAGACAAUGGAAACCUGAUUCCACAGUACACAAUACCGCUUAUUUUCUCUGGAGGAGUCGUAACCGUGAAGUAUAAGUUCUCAGUUACGGGGAAGCCUGCACGACUUCGAAACCUGGGAUUAUCUCCUUCUGUUGCAAACAGUGUUGUAAAAGUGGAAAACCCUCAAAUAUUUUAUGUGCAAAAAAUAAUUUCUUCAAUAAGACUGUUGCUUUGUGCGUAUUCAAAUCCUCAAACUUUUUAUUUUUACGACACCGUUAGGUCAACGAUUCAUCGGGUUUUAAUCCCCAGCCUUAUUGAGGUGUCCGAAGAAAAUGGAACCACGUCGGGAAAGAAUUAUAGGAAGCAAACAGCGAAAUUUGAACGAUUGUCAUCAGAAAGCAAUGGUACAGCUUACUUCGUCCGUUUACUAUAUCCGGUUCAGAUUCCAGAGAACUAUGAGAUUCUCAGGAUAAGUCAAGUGUCCUCAGGUGCUUCAAGACAACAAAGAUUAAUUCCACAAUACAAUAUUUGGAGCUCUAAAAAUGAUCAGCAAAGCAUACAUUUCAUUGAUGAAAAUCCACCAUAUUCGGAUACACAAAUUGCUUAUGAGCUUGUGUAUGGCAUGCCUGAUGAUUUUACUUCGCCAGUGUUCGAAUUUUUGUCGUACAAAAUUCCGAUUGUCAGUGAAAAUUGGCCAUCUCCGGGUUCAUCCGUCGCCCGCAUAACUGCAACAUCGCCUACAAAUACAAAAAUUGUUUACGAUAUGUAUUCCUCUGAACCAAAUGACAAUUCAUUUCGAAUAAAACCAAAUACGGGUGACAUAAUUUUGGUAGAGGAUUUGCCGAACAAUGGGAGCAAUUACUGUUUUACCGUGGUGGCUACUGAUGCGUCAGGGAAACAAACAAAAAUGCCUGUAUCAAUAACGACGAACACUCCGACUGCAGAAACGACGGAAUGCACAGUGAUUGAGAACACUGAUGAGCUGCACUCACUGAUCUACUUUUAUCAGUAUACUACACCACAAAUAACCGAAACUAUCCAAAUGUCUACUGCAGAACCAAAUAAUCAAACUGGAACUUCGGAAACUGAUUUUUCACCGGGAGUUAUAGAGACGACUUCUUCUUCACCAUUAGAAGCCUCGAUAGUAGUAACUACACAUUCUUCUGCAGCUUCUUCCAACAAAUUUUUGACUUCGUCAAAUAUUCCAGAGUUUGAAGAGUAUUUCACCACCGGUACACCGAGUGAACCACAAACUACAAGUGAACCAUCUUCUGAAACCCCUUCUCUAACAGUCUCUACAAAUGACAUAUUUAUAAUUGAAGAUACCAAAAAUUACACGUUUAGCAGUGCCGAGAUGGUAACAACACCAUCAUCAAUGCCAGAAUCAGAAAUUACUAGCGCUUCUGCUGCAACUCAAACUGAAGUUCUGGCAGCGCAGUCACAGCCAGAAGGGACAGUUACAUCAGUAAAUCCAUCUUCAUCUUCGCUGCAGUCAUCUCCAUUAGCUACAACGACAGAAGUCGAGUCUUCAGAAAGAGAUUUUAGUGUGGUUACUUCUGAACCGAUCACAGCGACAAUGACUGGUUAUUCCACAAGCCGUGAAGGAUUUAUUUCUUCCAGCACUUUACUACCGAGUCCAGAGUUAAGCAGCAAGAAUAUUCUGACACCAGAAUACCCAUUAUCAAUGGAAACCAGCGCCAUUAUGUACGAAACUAGUACAAUAACAUACGAAGCAUCUGUAGCAGAAACUGCUACUACUGAGUUAGCAACAUCUGCCACCGUAGCUUUGCCAACUGCGGCAACACAUACUCUGACGCAAGAGAGCAAUCCGACGGCUACCACAGGCUGGAAUACAGAGUCCACCAGACCGCAGAUUACUUUUCCCGAUAAAACUACUACCGUAGCACCUGUAAUGCUAACAACCAUAGAUCUACCAUUUAAGACUACCACUGAUGUUGAAAGUAUUAAACGGCAGUCUCAGAUGGCUUGCAGGUUAAAAGGAACAAACGCUAUUUGGGGAAUAAUUUGCGACCUAAGUAAAACAGCUAGAGCAAAUGGGUAA